ACUUGUUUGGAUCAUUUACAACGACCCACCUCACAUCCUGGUUUAUAAUAUGACUUCAGUUGGAGUGAUUGAGAAGCACUGCUAACCUAUAAGGUGGUAAUCGAGUGAUCAUAGUGCAUAGUACCAGUUUAUUUAGAUUACAACGAAUGAGAGAUAACCAUCUGUCAGAAGUCUAAAGUGUCAUGUAAAAUGGCAUGUAUACCUGUUGUACACCUGAUAGUGCCACAAUAGAUGGCUACGAGACAUCCUUAAUAGCUGUGCUUGGUCUUGAAAUACUUAGCCCCUGAAAUCCACCAUAGCAUUAACAUUAUCACUGCUUUGGAAUUAUAGAAGUUUCUUUGGACGAGUUUUUGAACCUUUUGUGGAUAUACCUGUAUACUAUUAUUGUUGUACGUUUGUUUUUUAAGUCGCAAUGAUCUCUGUUCGUAGAGUUUGGCUGACUGAGGAUUGGAUGAAUUCAGAGUACGGGUUCAACUACAUGGAAUUAGCAAUCCAGUCUCUAGAUACACUCAACGACCAAAUAGUCCAGUUUAUUUUCUCGCCAAAAUUGUCUGAAAAUGACACAAGUAUCUCGCAUCCACCCGAGCGAGAUUCGCUCAAAUCAAAUUUGGCGUUGAUGAGGCGGCUGCUUGUUGAUGCGCAAUCAAAGUUCCGAAAGGUCAUGGAUGAAAAUAAAAGGUUAACUGCAAGGAUAGAUCACUCACAACAGAGCGCCAAUCAAGAGGUUAAUGCAUUAAAAUCUGAAUUAGCAGAACGCGAUCGGCGGUUGACGGAAAUUGGGGAACACGGCAAUAUCCAAGAUAACAAAGAAUGGCAAAGACAGCAGGAAGAGAACGAACACCAAAAGGAAUUACAGAAACUUAGAGAUAGAAAUAGCAAAUUAGAAGCUGAGAACAAGAACUUGCUGCGGCAGCUUGAUGACUUACGAGUCAUCAAUAGCUACCAGACUGAAAUUCCACAGGCAAGCGAGCUUCAAAUUCAGCUAACCAGGACUGAGCACGACUUGGCACGUGCUAAGGAGGCUCUUACAGCAAUGAAGGCAGAUAGAAAACGUUUAAAAGUUGAGAAAGUCGACCUACUGAAACAAAUGAAGCAGCUAUAUCGUACAUUAGAAGCCAAUGAGGGCAGUGUUCGUAGUUACAUUCAUAAGUUUGAGGAGCAAAUCAUGGAAAAAGACAGCGAACUGCAACGGAUGCAGGAGGAAAAAGAAGAGAUGGAUAAAGACAAAUGGGAGCUACUUCAGCGAGCGAAAGAAGCGGCAGAAAGAGCGAUGGGACUGCGGAAUAGCAAUGAGGAAAAGGAUCGAAAAAUAGCCACAUUAAAGCACGUCUUAGAUCAGUUGAGAAGAGAAUUAAGUGAGGUCACACAUCGACCCGUAGAAACAACUUUUCCUAUUCAUAUUACAACUAGUACGCCAUAUGACACGCCUUGUGACACACCCCUAUCUACACCCUCGGGGAAAGGCUCUCAGGAUGGUGAUACAGAUAACGACACAACAUCCCUGAUUCCAAGUGAGAACAGCUCACCGCCAAUGUCAAGGAGUCAACGCUCGCAGACACAGUCGAUGAUAGCAGCGGUGAAAGGCCAAAUGGAGAAGAUGUCGAAAAGUUUUAGUUAUUCACAAGAGGAUGAUGAGAGUCGCAUACUCCUUAUAUCCUCGGACCAUAUAUCAGUUUCGUCAGAAGAGCUGUCAACGAACAGAACAGUAUUUGAUAACCACAAGAAGAAAAAGAAAUCGGGAAAAUUCAGCUCUCUUUCGAAGGUGUUUGGAAAGAAGAACAAAUCAACUUUAGAGCAUUUGUCAUUUGAUGAUUCUGUGAUAUCCAUAAACAGUUUAAGCGUUUCAUCGAAACAUAGUAGUAUGGUAGAGAUUGGCCUCGAUGAGCAAGAGAAGCUGCGAUUGGCUGAAUUAUGCAAAGUUCAACCCAUGCACCAGUGGAGAGCCAAUACAGUGCUUGCAUGGUUGGAGCUUGCCAUGUGCUUGCCACAGUAUACCCUGAAAUGUGCUGAGAAUGUCAAAAGUGGAAAAGUAUUAUUAGGCUUAUCUGAUGCCGAGUUGGAAGUGGGACUUGGUAUUACAAAUCCACUGCACAAACGGAAAGUUCGUCUAGCAGUUGAAGAAAGCAGAAACCCCACACAAGCUUCAUACCCUAAGAUUGGAGAUCUGGACCAUAGGUGGGUUUGUCGGACAUGGUUAAACGACAUCGGCCUGCCUCAGUACUCAGCAACAUUUGAACAGGAAAAGAUUGACGGGCGGGUACUAAACACGCUGACCAAGAAGGACCUGGAAAAGCACUUGAACAUCACAGUACGCUUCCAUCAAGUCAGCAUCCUUUAUGGUAUUGAGGUUCUUAGGAAGGUGCAAUUUGAUAAGAAAAUAUUAACUGAGCGUCGUAACAGCUGCGAAGGUCUUGACGCCGACCCGUUAGUCUGGACAAACCAAAGAUUCAUCAAGUGGACAAAAUCAAUAGACUUAAAGGAAUAUGCUAAUAAUUUAAUAGAGACCGGAGUCCAUGGAGGUGUUGUCGUUAUCGAUACGUCAUUUACCCCCGAACAUUUAGGAACCUGCCUAGGAAUAUCUACUACCAAAAAUAUCCUCAGAAGACACCUUACAUCAGAGAUCAACUCAUUAAUCAGACCAGCAAGGUCCUUAUUAGAUUCUGAGAGUGGCACUAUGCCAAACUUGAACACCAAAUCAUCUAAGCAUGUUCAAGCAUCUUUGCAACGUUCUCAUUUUGUGCGCUCCUACAUGGGGAAUGAGGAUGAACUGCGAGGUAGCAGGAGGCGGCCCAUGUUCAGGGGUUCUAUUGGACGAGCAUUUGGCCGGAAAUUCCGUCAAAGUGCAAUGGAAAGCCAGAACCGGGGUAACUUCACUGACACGCGUCCGAAGUCACGAAGUCAUGAACUCUUGAACCACUCUGCUCCGUCAUAGCCUUAAAAGAUGUUUUCUCAAGGCCAAAGAAUCCACUUGGAUUUAUUUAUUCCUUAUUUGUUUCUUAAUUUCUUCAAAUGGAUGAGAUUAUUCCACAUGUUCUGAUAAAAGCAGCUGAUUUUUAAAAAAGUAAUAAAUUCCUCUGGAAUUUGUUCAAUAUCAGCUUCAAGUCCUGGAUAUCUGAUAAGUAAAGUUCUGACUACACUAUCAAAUUUUCUGUGACAAAAAGAACUGUUU